GCAAUGUCAUCUUCUAAUAAAACUCCUAAAAAAAAGAAGCAACAGUUAAAAAGCUCUGAUAUCGCUGCUCCUGGUGGUAAUUGGGGGCGCGGACAUUCUGGUGUGGUUGCAUCUUCUAACACUGCUAUAUCAAGGUAUGCGAAUUAUACAAAUGCAAAAGUUGUUGAGACCCUUGCGACCAAUCAAAAGGAGAUAGUAGAAACUUUGACAACCGAGCAAAAUAAAUCAAUACAAAAAUUGAAUGAUGAUAAUGCGAAGCUUAUUAAAUCUAUAAGUAAUGAUCAGAAAAAGAUCAUAAAAAAUUUAACCAGUUCAUACGAGAAGACCAUCAAGAAUCUAAGUGAUAAUCAUAAAGAAGUAAUCAAGACCUUAAGUGAUAACCAAACAAAGGUGGUGAUGAGUUUGAGUGGAAAUCAUGCUGAUGUCUUAAAAACUAUGAAUAAUAAUGAG